CGCGCUGCAUUCCUUUGAGGGUCGUGGGCAGACGCCAUUUUGGCCCCAGCGGUGCUUCUAGGAAGUAGAUCGCCGGCUCGCAUGCCUGCCCGCCUGCCGGGUACGGUCUUUUCUGCCGGGACUUCCCGGUCAGAUUAUUCGCCGCUGCCGCUGCUGCUUUCUUACCCUCCGCACCCGUUAAGUUCUUCGGUCUGGCGGGAGCCUCUGAACACUGAGCCACGCCAUCCGGUGUCACACCGCCUGGAAGGAGGUGACGGGGGCGGCGCGGGGCGCGGACACUCCCCGCUGAGAGUCCGCCUGCCAUGGACUCGGAAUAUUACAGCGGCGACCAGUCAGCAGAUGAUGGUGGUGCUACCCCAGUACAGGAUGAACGGGAUUCAGGGUCAGACGGUGAGGAUGAUGUAAAUGAGCAACACUCCGGAUCAGACACUGGAAGUGUAGAACGUCAUUCAGAGAAUGAACCUAGUGAUCGAGAAGAUGGCCUUACCAAAGGACAUCAUGUGACAGACUCUGAGAAUGAUGAGCCCUUAAAUCUUAAUGCUAGUGACUCUGAAAGUGAGGAGCUUCACAGGCAAAAGGACAGCGACUCUGAAUCUGAGGAACGUGCAGAACCUCCUGCAAGUGAUUCUGAAAAUGAGGAUGUCAAUCAGCAUGGGAGCGACUCUGAGAGUGAGGAGACCAGGAAAUUACCUGGUAGUGACUCUGAAAAUGAGGAGCUUCUUAAUGGGCAUGCAAGUGACUCAGAAAACGAAGAUGUUGGAAAGCAUCCUGCCAGUGAUUCUGAGAUUGAGGAGCUCCAGAAGAGUCCUGCCAGUGACUCUGAAACAGAAGAUGCUCUAAAACCUCAGGUCAGUGACUCUGAGAGUGAGGAACCCCCAAGGCACCAAGCCAGUGACUCUGAAAAUGAGGAACCUCCCAAACCUCGAAUGAGUGAUUCUGAAAGUGAGGAGAUUCCUAAACCUCAGGUCAGUGACUCGGAAAGUGAGGAACCCCCAAGGCACCAGGCCAGUGACUCUGAAAAUGAGGAGCUUCCCAAACCUCGUAUCAGUGACUCAGAAAGUGAGGACCCUCCAAGGAACCAGGCCAGUGACUCAGAAAAUGAAGAGCUUCCCAAACCCCGAAUCAGUGAUUCGGAAAGUGAGGACCCCCCAAGGAACCAGGCCAGUGAUUCUGAAAAUGAAGAGUUACCCAAACCCCGAGUCAGUGACUCUGAAAGUGAGGGACCUCAGAAGGGACCUGCCAGUGACUCAGAAACUGAGGAUGCGUCCAGACACAAACAGAAGCCAGAGUCUGAUGAUGACAGCGACAGGGAGAAUAAGGGAGAGGAUACAGAAAUGCAGAAUGACUCUGUCCAUUCAGACAGCCAUAUGGACAGAAAAAAGUUUCACAGUUCUGAUAGUGAGGAGGAAGAACUCAAAAGGCAAAAAAUGGACAGUGAUGAAGAUGAAAAAGAGGGUGAGGAGGAGAAAGUAGCGAAGAGAAAAGCUGCUGUGCUUUCUGAUAGUGAAGAUGAAGAGAAAGCAUCAGCAAAGAAGAGUCGUGUUGUCUCUGAUGCAGAUGACUCUGACAGUGAUGCUGUAUCAGACAAGUCAGGCAAAAGAGAGAAGACCGUAGCAUCUGACAGUGAGGAAGAAGCGGGGAAAGAAUUGUCUGAUAAGAAAAACGAGGAGAAGGAUCUGUUUGGGAGUGACAGUGAGUCAGGCAAUGAAGAAGAAAAUCUUAUUGCGGACAUAUUUGGUGAAUCUGGUGAUGAAGAGGAAGAAGAAUUUACAGGUUUUAACCAAGAAGAUCUGGAAGAAGAAAAAAGUGAAACACAGGUAAAAGAAGCAGAAGAUUCAGAUUCUGAUGAUAACAUAAAGAGAGGAAAACAUAUGGACUUUCUGUCAGAUUUUGAGAUGAUGCUGCAGCGAAAAAAGAGCAUGAGUGGCAAGCGCAGACGGAACCGUGAUGGUGGCACCUUUAUUAGUGACGCAGACGACGUCGUGAGUGCCAUGAUUGUCAAGAUGAACGAAGCUGCUGAGGAAGAUAGACAGUUGAACAAUCAAAAAAAGCCGGCACUGAAAAAAUUAACUUUAUUGCCUACUGUAGUUAUGCACCUUAAGAAGCAGGACCUUAAAGAAACAUUCAUUGACAGUGGUGUGAUGUCUGCUAUCAAAGAAUGGCUCUCACCUCUACCGGAUAGGAGUUUGCCCGCACUCAAGAUCCGGGAGGAGCUGCUGAAGAUCCUGCAAGAGCUGCCUAGUGUGAGCCAGGAGACCCUGAAGCAUAGUGGGAUUGGACGAGCAGUGAUGUAUCUCUAUAAACACCCCAAGGAAUCAAGGUCCAACAAGGACAUGGCAGGAAAAUUAAUCAAUGAGUGGUCUAGGCCUAUAUUUGGUCUUACCUCAAACUACAAAGGAAUGACAAGAGAAGAAAGGGAGCAGAGAGAUCUAGAACAGAUGCCUCAGCGACGAAGAAUGAACAGCACUGGUGGUCAGACACCCAGAAGAGACCUGGAAAAGGUGCUGACAGGAGAGGAGAAGGCUCUUAGACCUGGAGAUCCCGGAUUCUGUGCUCGUGCAAGGGUUCCAAUGCCCUCAAACAAGGACUAUGUUGUCAGGCCCAAGUGGAAUGUGGAAAUGGAGUCAUCCAGGCCUGGUAUUCUUAAAAGGGGCCUAAGCCGAUUGGAAAAGCAUAAGAGACGUUUUGCAGAACAGAAACGACUCAGCAAAGUGCACCGUGCUGUUAAGUUCAGCAUUGAAGGCAACAGGAUGCCCCUGUAGGCCUGGCCCUACCGCAGUGUAUACAUGAGAGUUUCAGGCGACCUCCAAGAAAGGUAUCAGUCGACUGGAUAAACAGAUGAGAAAGUUCACAGAUAUCAGGAAAAAAAGCAGAUCUGCACACGCAGUGAAAAUCAGCAUUGAGGGCAACAAAAUGCCAUUGUGACUUUGCCUGGAAUGUGUCCCCAUCUCUGCUCUAAGAAAUGCGCAGUGGACUCUUUGGAGAAAGAAGACAUUUUAAAAAUUUUUUAGUGUGUCUGUAAAUGGUUCAGCCUGUAUCAGAUGUUGUCAUAGGACUCACACACAUUUCUCUCAGUUAUAUUUAAAACUGUUUGUUGCGUACUUUGUACAGAGGAAUACUAGUCAUACUUCUAUAAACUUUACACAAUAAAAUUUCAUUCUGGUUUU